GAGGCGGUUCUUGUCUAUGUCGGCUAUAUUUUAAUUUUAAUUAAUAUAAAAAAUUUGGGAAAGAAAAAAGUGACGGCGCAGCCACAUAACGCAUAUCUCUAGCCGCCUAACGUGACACAUAUCUUCUCCCUCAUGUAAUCCUCUCUUUAUAUAUUACACACGUAGACAUGUCACGUUUGGUUAGGGUUUGAUGGUGAUUCAAUACAAACGAAAACAAGAGUUUCCUAUGGUGAAAGAAGGAAUGGUCAUGACCGAGAAGCCAAAGAGGAAUCUCAUAAGCUCUAAUGAGAAGCGAUACAAAGGAAUAAGGAUGAGGAAGUGGGGCAAGUGGGUGGCUGAGAUAAGAGAGCCUAAUAAACGAUCACGGAUCUGGCUUGGUUCAUACAAAACCGCCGUUGCCGCGGCACGGGCCUACGAUACCGCUGUGUUUUACUUACGUGGUCCUUCGGCGAGACUCAAUUUCCCUGAAGAGGUCUUUAAGGAUGGAAACGGCGGUGAAGGCUUAGGAGGAGAUAUGUCUCCGACGUUGAUACGGAAGAAGGCGGCUGAGGUGGGAGCUAGAGUCGACGCAGAGUUGCGGUUAGAGAAUAGGAUGGUUGAGAACUUAGACAUGAAUAAGUUGCCGGAGGCAUAUGGAUUGUAAUUUAUAGUUUGGUAGUUUAUAGGUUGGAGAUUGCCCGGAGACAGAGUCAAACAGAGGUUCUCUGACUCAUAUGAGGCAUAAUAUAGUUAAUAUAGUAAUUUUUGUUUUGAGCAUAGUAAUUAUGUCAUAACAUGGAUCCUGAAAAAACAAACAAAUAACGAAACAAAUGCUAAGAACCAAUGAUUAUAACGGAUGAUUAAGUACAAUUUGGUUUGUUAUAACCAAUGAUGUGUAACAGUUGUAUGAAACUGUCUUCCCGACUUUGUUAGAAUAGGGAGAAGUGAAACCAUUGUCUUCGUUUCAUGACCGUAAAGUCUUGUCUUCUAAUGGAACAGCAAAGGCAGCUCCACAUAUUGAUUGGGGUUUUAUCCAUGAG